AUGAAAGUCGCCGUACUCCUCAGCGGCGGCGUCGACAGCAGCGUCGCGCUGACGCUCCUCCAGGCCGCGGGCCACGACGUCACCGCGUUCUACCUCCAGAUAUGGUUCCAAGAGGACUUCCGGAACUACUGGGACCAGUGCCCGUGGGAAGACGACCUAUCGGAGGCGCGCGCGGUGUGCGAUUUGCUGCGCGUGCCGCUGGAGGUGGUGCCGCUCACGCGACCGUACUGGGACCUCGUCGUGUCGCACAGCGUUGAGGAGAUAUCGCGCGGGCGCACGCCGAACCCGGACAUGCUGUGCAACAGCAGGGUGAAGUUCGGCGCGUUCAGGGAGUGGCUCGCGGAGACGCACCCGGGGAGGUUCGCGAGGGUCGCGUCGGGGCACUACGCCGCGUUGGAGCGGCCGGGCGGACCUUUCGGCGGCGCCGGCGACGACGCCGACGCCGACGGUAAGGUGAAGCUCGUGAUGUCCGGGGACGCGCACAAGGACCAGACGUACUUCCUCGCCGCGCUGUCUCAGGCGCAGCUCGAGGGUUUAUCGUUCCCGAUCGGCGGCUUACCGAAGGCGGAGAUUCGAGACAUCGCGCGAAGGGCGGGGCUGCCCAACGCGAACCGAAAAGACUCGCAAGGGAUCUGCUUCCUCGGGAAGGUCAAGUUCAGCGAGUUCGUCGCGGAGCACCUGGGGGAGAGGCCCGGGAAGAUCGUGGAGAUCGAGACCGGGCUGGAGAUUGGGGAACACAGAGGAUUCUGGUUCCACACGAUCGGCCAGCGGAGCGGGCUGGGGCUCAGCGGCGGACCGUGGUACGUCUGCGGGAAAGACGCGAAGAGGAACAUCGUGUUCAUCACGAAGGAUUACUACGCGGGGGAUAAAGAGCGGCGCGCGUUUCGACUGUACUGCAAAGUCCGCCACGGCGAGCGGCGGUAUCGAUGCACGCUCAAGUUCGACCCCGACGGCGAGGGCGGGAGGGUCGUCCUCGACGCGAACGACCAAGGCCUCGCCGCCGGACAGUUCGCGGUGUUUUACGACGGCCGAGAGUGCCUCGGCAGCGGCGUCAUCGCGGAGCGCGCCGCGCCGAUCGACGUGAAGGUCUUGGUCGACCCGAAGAGCGCGGCGAAGCGGCGCAGCAGCGACAACAGCGCGCCGCCGGCGCGAUAG